AUGGAAAUUUCCAGUGACAAGCGACAGAAGCAUUUUAUUUUGGUACAUGGUGUUUGCCAUGGAGCUUGGAUUUGGUACAAGCUGAAACCAUUGCUCGAGUCAGCCGGCGGGCACAGGGUCACGGCGGUUGAUCUAUCUGCCUCCAGCAUCAACACAAAAAGCAUCCACGAGAUCCACACACUUGAGGACUAUGCUGAGCCAUUAAUGGAACUCAUGGCUGCAAUUCCAGCUGAUGAGAAGGUAAUACUAGUAGGUCAUAGCUAUGGUGGUUAUGCU